AUGUAUGAGGUGACCUGCGAGCGACCAGGAGUGGGGUUGAUCCGGCAGAUUCUACUGGAUGCAGAUGGUGGUGGUGGUGCUGGGGGAGCCAUCAGGGAGUGUAUGCCAAACGACCAAACAAGUCCUCACCUGGGACAUGUGCACUACCGCUACUACGAUCCAUCACCGCCUCCGUUACUUAACAUCGCCAGUUCGCCCACCACGACCACCAUACCUCACUGCGCGUCGUUCCGCCUUCCUCAGCUCCGUUGCGCGCGCAAGGGAGCACUACCGCCAAGCGUACUAGAAAUGGGCCGAGCUGUACGGAAUGUACGGAAGAUGAAAGUCCUUCGCAUCAAAUCGGGUCGCCGAUUGAUGCAAAAAAAAGAGACAAUUACACGACCAUUUGGGCCAUGCAGGCAUACGGCAAGUCACAGACGAUAG